GAAGGUCCAGGAAGUGGCAUUGCCUUGAACGGGUCAGACAGUCGGAGACGCCUCGCGUCAAAACACCUCUCAAAAACUCGGAUAUAACUGGAUUUUUGGAGAAAAUCUAACCAAACAAAACCAAAAAUGCUCGCGUUUGCCAUUUUGGUCCUUUUGGGGACAGCUCUGGCAGUCAGCGGCGAGCGGCACAAGCUGUCCUACAUCUACACAGCCUUAUCCAAACCCGCAGUAUCCCCUGGCAUCCAUAAGUUCACUGCCAUGGGGAUGCUUGACAAUAAGAUCAUUGACUACUUUGACAGCACAGAGCAAAAGAAAGUUCCCAGACAGCACUGGAUGAAAGAGAGACUGGAAAAAGAAUAUUGGGACAAAGGCACAGUGUCCCGGAAGAGCAAGCAGCUUUGGUUCCAGGUCAACAUCGAAAUCCUGAUGGAGCGAAUGAGACAGAAUGACACAGAUUUACACAUCCUCCAGUGGAUGCAUGGCUGUGAGGCUGAAGUCCAGCCUGAUGGCCCUCUCAAGUUUGUCGAUGGCGUGGACAUGUACAAUUAUGAUGGAGAUGACUUCCUGUCGUUUGAUGAUAAAAACCAAAUCUGGGUUGCCAAGACUGAUGCAGCAGUGUCCACCAAGAGGAAGUGGGACGAUGUCCCAGUCCUGAAAGAAUACACCAAGGGCUACUUGGAGAAGGAGUGCUUGGACUGGAUGGGCAGGUUCAUAGACUACGGGCAGGCACAGCUGCUUGAUGCGAAGAAACCUAAGGUGCACGUGUUUGCACUCAAGGCCAAAUCUGAGGCGAGUAUAAUUUUGACAUGCCUGGCCACCGGCUUCUACCCAGAGGACAUUAUCCUGGAGAUCAGAAGGAACGGCCGGUCCCUCACUAAACGCGACGGGCUGGUCAGCUCUGGAGUUCGACCAAACGGGGACGACACUUUUCAGAGGAGAGACUAUGUCGAGAUUUUGAAGUCCGACCAGUCCGAAUACAUCUGUGAAGUCAUUCACAAUGCCUCUCGUGUGAAUGUUUGGAAGAAAUGGGAUCACAAGCCUCCUGCUGAAGCUGGAAACGGUCCCAUUAUCGGUGGUGUUGUGGCUGGUGUUGGAGUGUUGACCAUAAUCGGGGGGAUUGUGCUCUUGUGUGUCCUGUAUAAAAGAGGGAUUAUCGGUAAGCGUUCUCCUUCUGUUCCCAGUAUCUCCAGCUCCCUUGACAGUAAAGACAGCGUGAUGGUGCCUCUAACCAAAAGUGACAUUGAUGCCAAACCCCCAAGUGAAAAUGGGUCGACAACUCCCCUCUUGAAACCCAAGGAUGGCUCCACCAACAGUGACUCAGCCAUCGGUUCUGAUGCCAGCAGCAACUCAAGCUCGUCUUCAAAGUCAAGUGAAGAAAAGGAAAGAGUCUCUGGGCCCGUAUAAUCUUACCUGCAGCCAAAAAUCUGAAGCCUCUUGAAGCAGCAACAAUUCAUGGUAUCCAAAUUAAAGAACACAAGAACCAAAUUUCAACUGAAUAGUAGUUAACGUGGUUUUGUAGAAAUUCUUAGACUGGAUGAAAGCAAAAUUCAGUGUUACCAUGGUAAUUUAACCACGUAGCUCUCUGCGUAAAUUACAGGAUUUGUCACCUGUCAGAUCGUGUCGUGUUGUGAUCAGAUAUUUCCAAUUCCAUAUUCAGAGUUUAUGUUAUUAAAGGGUGGCUGUUUUAAAAAAAACGCAAACCCUUUACUGGUCAAGUUAUUGUGAAACACAGACUAAUCUGGCAUGAAUAUUUGAAAAUGUAAAGAAGUCCCAGAGAAAAAAAAAAAAAAGAUUGCCAAAAACAAGGGAAUGAGGUCAACUUUAAAAAUGCCCCUGCAGGCGCCAGUUUCUUAGGCCACUUUACUGCAAGUUGAGUACUUUGGGUAAAUAACCAAGCUAAAGACUCAGCUCUUUGAGGAGCACUUCUGCAUCUAGUAAACUUCUCUGCUCAUCAGAAUUAGUUAGAAGAUUCGUCCAGCUCUUUGCAUGAUUCAGCCCUGAGUAGCUGCAUGCACUUAUGACAAGAUGAUCGUAUGACGGUGUCUCUUAAGACGUAGCUUUCUUGUAUAAAGGUGAUUGUUGUGUUGGGUGGGAAGGGAACACUGCUAAAUUACAUUAUUAGUAGUAAUAAAGCAGUUGCUAAGCUGCUCUUCCAGAAGACGCUGUAUCAAAGCGUGGUUGUCUGUGAAGACACAACUGUGUGUGUAGCCAGCAUAUGCCAACAUAUCCAAAUUUCUCUAAAACACUGGUAUAAGCUGAAUUAUCUCCUUUAGGUUUUACCAAACUUGGUAUAAAACAUUAAUAUUAGGGAUGUCCCGAUACCAUUUUUUUUUUCACACCGAGUACGAAUACGAGUAUUUUAAUUUGUGUACUCGCCGAUACCGAGUACCGAUCCGAUACUUCUACCACAAAAAUAACUAGGCUAAAAAUGCAAUGAAAAAUGCAAUGAAUUGGAAGACAGGUUUUAUUUGCAACAGAAAUUCAAUUUUAAACAAAACUCGGCCAGCUAGGUUACAUUGAGCUGUUACUUUUCUUACUUUUGUUACAUUUUUAAUUUGGCUAUUCUUUAUUUUUUAUUUAUUUUAUUGAUUUAAUGUGCCUGAAGAUGUUUUGUACUUCAGACGUUACUCAACAGUUACUCAGUACUUGAGUAGUUUUUUCACCAAGUACUUUUUUACUUUUACUCAAGUAAUUAUUUGGAUGACUACUUUUUACUUCUACUUGAGUCAUCUUAUUCUGAAGUAACAGCACUUUUACUUGAGUACAAUUUUUGGCUACGCUACCCACCUCUGGAAACAACAUAAACAAUCAAAUAGAAUUUAAAAAACAGGCUAAAUGAAAUGAUGUUACACACUCUUGUACAGUAGGUACUUAUGCACCUUAAAGUUGAUUGCGAUCCGCCAAUAAAACAGAGAAGAAGAAGAAGAAGAAGAACAUAAACAAUCCCAUUCUUACAGUCCGGUUAUAGAGAGUGCCGUUUCAGGCAAGAUAGUGACAAUUAAUGAAAGCAGCAUGUCAGCAGGGUGGACAUAUUUCAAAAUAAGGGACGACGACAGAAGCAAGACAGACUGAAGGCUGUCGGCGCGGCUAACCGGAAUGUAACAAUGGGAUUGUUUAUGUCGUACUGUGAGUUACGUGGAGUGUUUAAUAAAGUUCCCUGUGAGUAAGGUUUGUCCAGUUUGUAUAAUUAAGGAAGAUAGAAUUUACUGAAACAUGGAACAGCAGCUACAGCCACAGAGCAGCAGCUCAGCCAGGCUGCCAGGCCCAACGUCUCCCCCUAGUGGCGCUAACCAGUAACUACAAGUAUCGGUGCGUGGUGUCGGAGGAUUUUUACGAGUAUGAGUAUAUGAGGGCAGUAUCGGUCUCUAAUUAAUAUAUAUGCAGACAAGGAGAAAAAUAAAAAAGAUAAUUAAUGCUAAAAACUCUCAAAGUUUAUUGUCAUAAUCUGACCAGGGAGUUAAAAUGUAAUGGAGUUUAAAGAAGUUAUUAUCUAUCAUAUAAAUACCGUUCUUUGUGAAAAGUUGUUUUCUUGGUUUUAAUUCUCUUUUAUUUUUGGGUUUUUAUUUUUCAAGUCACAUUAGUCUAUUGCACUUUUUCACAAAGAACCUUAAAAGUCAUGUAACUUUUUUGAGUCUUUGUACAUUGUUGAAAAUUUCUGCUUUGUUGAAUUAAACAAAUUUGUAUAUUGGAUGUGAGACAGUUGAGAGAUGUAGUAAAUAACAGGAACUCCUGUCAUUGUGAACCUAAAGUUAUCUGCUUUUAAAUCCUGAAGCUAAAAGGUGCGUGAUGCUGAUAUUCUCUCUGUCUUUAAGAGGCUAGUUACAUUUUAUCACUGUGGUCUCUUUUUAAGUACACUUGUUAAUACUGCUUGUAAGUAAAAUAAUUGAUUGUAAGAAUAAUGAAGUAAAAGUAAAUGUACCAUACAAAUGUGAUUUGUUUUCUUUCUGAAUAAAAACAUUUUCACCAGG